AUGAAAGUUAGUAACUAUGCUUCUAACUCAAAUAACUUCAAACUUAAAAUUUUCUUGAAAUCCUAAUCUAAGGGGGAGUCCUCAUCCUAAUAUACAAUUUUAAAUUCCUAGAAGUUCGUUUUUGACGAUGAUGAAAAAAAUCAUAGAACACCUAAACCUGUAAUUCUUUAUGAUGAUACCUCAGAUCGGCAUAAGUCCACUACAAAUUCAUCAACGUCUACCCAUUUAAGGAAAUUAACUAAAAGGAUGACACAGUCAACAGAUUCAGAAAUAAAUGCAGAAAAUCCUAACUCAUUUUAUUAAAUUCUUGAUAGUUAUAAUGACUAAUAUCUGAAUUUACCUUUCAACAAAGAUAGAAAUCAUUCUUAAGAAAAAACUACUAAAAAAAUUUAAAGGUUAUAUACAGAACAAACUGAAACUAAAACAAUCAAAUAAAAACCACUAAAAUAAUAUUAAACUUACUCCAAACACUAAAAUACCAUUAGUGUAAAAUAAAAAUUAAUAAAAUCCUGUAAAAAAAAUGUCUAACUAUUCUGA